AUGGGAAGAAUCGAUACGGAACUAUGGCAAAGCGAUUGGGAACUAUCAGGGUCACCAUUGUACCAAGGCUCUAUGAAGUCAGAACCUAUAUGGUCGUACCAUGCUUCCAUUGAAACCAUCAAGAAAUCUCCCAGAAAACUGCUACAAGAUCAAUCAAUACAUACUUCAUGCUUCCUGUCGCUCGAGACCAUCAUCAGAGGUUCAGUAAUCCAUGCAGCAAACGAUAGGAAGGAACCUUUUCGUGACGCAGAUAUUGGCGGAAACGAUCAUUCCCUCGCAGGUCACCUCGGAGAAGGUUCAUCUGCAUCACAGAAAGCGUUGUCAUCAUCAAAGCCUUUGCCACUUUCACCUCCAAGGCCAGCUUCCGGACGUGAACAUGAUGGCAGACUUCAAGACCUGGCAUUGUCAAUUGGUAAGAGCUCCAACGAGGACGGCUCAAGCAACGUUGUGAUGGAAGAAACAAAGGACUGUGCUGAAGACAACCAAGCUUCGGUGAGCACUCGUGGGAAAACUACAUCACGGUAUGAGAAGUUGCAACGAGAGAGGCUGAAGAUAAGGGAUAAGAUUGCUCAGAGGAAAGUUGGAAGGCAGGGUUUGUUGCCUUUUGAUUCGAAUCCAUCACGAAGAAAAACGAUAGACUCCCAGAAUGACGAACCUUCCGCUGCUUCUUUCUCAAAGCUCAGCAGCAGAGCUUCCUUAUCAGGAAACAGAAGGCGAGAAGGUCGCUUACAAGCUGCCAUUCUGAUCCAGACUUGUGCUCGGCGCUUCUUUGCGCGCAAUGUCUUGGCAGCAAAGGAAGACGAAGCCCAAAGGCAACGAAAAGCGGAAUUCAAACGCCUGCAACAACAACAAAGCUGCUCCAGCUACCCCUUUGAUCGAACGGCAAGAGUCAAUGUUAUUCUGGAACAGAUCAAGGUCCGAGAACUGUAUCAUAAACCAUUCCAACUUGGAAAGCUUUCUACGAUACAGGAAGAAUGA